GUGCCCGAGAGGAAGCACAACCCUGUGCCCAAGGCCAAGCAGAAGCCGGAGGUGGUAAGGGCAGCCGGCAGUGAGGUCUCAGGCGAUCGUGGCACUUCUCGCCCGGAGUCAAAGGCUCCCAAGGCUCCCAGGCUCCCAGGCUUGGAGCUGUGA